AUGACCUUUGCGUGGAAAGCCGCCGGCAUUAGCUACAACCGCUAUCUCGCCGUCGCCGCUCGUGCCGUUCGUCGAAGCCUGAAAGAUGACAAGAGGAUUGCCGUCGAGCGCAGGGGUGAGGUCGAGCUGAAGCUCGCGUCCUGGAAGAACGGCAAGCAAAGCGACGCCAUCGAUCUCAACCAGGCCAACGCUGCCGCUAGGGCCGAGGCCGCUGCUAAGAGCUCUUAA